ACACAAGGCCUCUGAGAGCCGAUACAAGGGCAUAGCCCCGCCCCUUUUUGGCGCUGAACUAGUCUUGACUCUUCCCGCGACCUGUAGCACGGCGGAGCAAGCGCAGAAGACUUGGCGGGCAUUACGUAGCUAUGGAACCAGACGGGACCUACGAGCCGGGCUUCGUGGGUAUUCGAUUCUGCCAGGAAUGUAACAACAUGCUGUACCCCAAAGAAGACAAGGAGAACCGUAUUCUGCUGUACGCGUGCCGAAAUUGUGAUUACCAGCAGGAAGCAGACAACAGCUGCAUCUACGUCAACAAGAUCACGCACGAAGUGGACGAACUGACCCAGAUAAUCGCUGACGUGUCCCAGGACCCCACAUUGCCACGGACUGAGGACCACCCGUGCCAGAAGUGCGGCCACAAGGAGGCGGUGUUCUUCCAGUCACACAGUGCCCGUGCUGAGGACGCCAUGCGCCUGUACUAUGUAUGCACUGCCCCACACUGCGGCCACCGCUGGACCGAGUGACCCAUCCCUCCUCCGCUUGUAAUAAAUGCCAGGUUCUAUGCGCA